AUGUUUGAGCUUUUCUUGGCCACCAAAGCCGCCUUGAGUGCCGGCGCCGACGAGGACGCCGACGAGGACGCCUUUAACCUUGGCAUUCUCGACGGUCGACGCCUGCGUCGCCGGCUAGCUCUGCCUCGCAUGGUGACACAAACGACCUUAGCCAUGCAUCUGACUUCCACUCUCCUCGCCGGUGCCGCCGCCGUCGCCUCGGCCGCCGCCGACAGCAACUACCUCGGCUUCAACUCGGGCUCUACCCUCGCCGACCGCUCCGCCAAGUUCAAGAAGGAUUUUGAGGCCGAGUUCAAGACAGCCCAGGCUCUCAACGGCGCCCCUGGCAAGUUCAACGCCGUCCGCCUCUACACCAACAUCCAGGCUUACUCCACCGACGACCCCAUCUCGGCCUUCGAGGCUGCCAUCGACACCGAGACUUACCUGCUCCUCGGAAUCUGGGCCUCAGGCGCAGACAAUAUUAACAAGGAGCUUAGCGCCCUGAAGAAGGCCGUCGAUACGUACGGCUCCAAAUUCACCGACCUCGUCAUUGGCAUGUCCAUUGGCUCCGAGGAUCUCUACCGCAACUCCCAAACCGGCACGAAGAACAAGGCCGGCCUCGGUGCCGACCCUGAUGUCAUCCUCAACUUCAUCAAGGACUACAAGAAGGCCGUCGAGGGCGGCGCCCUCACUAAAGUUCCAGUCGGUCACGUCGACACCUGGGACGCCUGGACCAACAGCAGCAACAAGGCCGUCAUUGACGCCGUCGACUGGAUCGGCGUCGACGAGUAUCCCUACUACGAGAGCGGCAAGGGCAAUGACAUUAAGAAUGCCGGCAAGCUCUUUGACAAGGCCUACGACGCUACCAUUGCCGUCGCCAACGGCAAGCCUGUUUGGGUCACCGAGACUGGCUGGCCCGUCACGGGCGAGAAAUGGGACGAGGCUGAGCCCUCAACCGAAAACGCCAAAUACUACUGGGACGAGAUUGGCUGCCGUCAACUCUUUGGCAAGACCCCUACCUUUUGGUACAACCUCCGCGACUCCAACCCCGACAACAAGAUGAAGUUUGCCAUCACCAAGGACCUGAGCACCACCCCCCAGUUCAACCUGACCUGCCCCACCACCUUUGACACCGACAGCAGCUCCUCCUCGACUUCUUCCUCUUCCGCCUCUGGCUCUAGCACUGCCACUUCUCGCUCUGACAACUCGUCCACCUCGGCCUCGGUCCCAACCAGCACUAGCUCCUCUGGCUCCAGCUCCGGCUCCGGUUCCACCCCAGGCUCAGGCUCUGGCUCGGCCAAUAUAACCUCUGGUUCUGGCUCUUCUGGCGCUGGCGCAGCUAGCAGCGGCUCAGCUCGGCCCAGCACCGUCAACAAGGACUCUGCCGCCGGCAAGAUGGUUGCCUCGAGUUCUGUCGCUGGUGUCCUUGCCCUCGUUGGUGCCUUCUUCCUGCUGUAA